AUGAUGCUCGCCCGGGCGCUUCGACCAUGGCGCCGUCUGGAUAACCCGGCGGCUUCGAUUUUUCUGCUUCGCCAUGGCACCCGAGCAGCCUACUCCGCGGGCCCACAAUCUUCCACCGCGGAUGCUUCCUCCUCCCAGGUGAAGCCCGCUCCUGGGGCUCCUUCAUUUGACACACAGAAGACCGGCGAGUGGCUCGACAAGUCAGCUCCGACGGCCAAUGCGCCUCUCCCCCAAGCCGGCUCCCCAAAAGCCGGCUCCGACCCGCUCUCUGCCAAACCCCAGCCGAAGAGGCCUGACCACGCACCGUCAGGCAACAAUGAUGCCACUACUCCGGCAGCGGCUUUUGUCAGGACACUCCCGGCAUUGAAUUAUUUCGACUUGCGCGCGACAUCCGUCCACAAUCCGCCAGCCCGCCCGGCCAGGCCGGCCGACAGUGUGACCCUCUCCCGGACAACCUAUCGCCGGUGCCUGCUGUCCGGCGAGCUGCUUCGUGGUAUCACCCUGUCCCCUGUCGGGCCUGCCGCCGGGGCUUCCUCCACGAAGGGCUCGGCCCCCGGCACAGGGCGCACUAAUGCCACCGCUCGCCAGUGUGUCUGCAACAGUCGCCGAUCGAGCGGGUAUCUGCUGGACCAAACCACAACGCCAAUCUGUCCCCAGUGUCAGUUUUAUGGGUCCAUUCGCAGCCUCUCGAUCAAUGGUGCCCAAAUCUCCCCCUCCUUCUUGGGCUUUCUUCUGCGCACUUUCUCCAUGGUCGACCAGCUCCACCUUUUCUCGGUUCCCUUUACUUUGGAGCACUUGAAUGAGCUGCAGAUGGCCUUGCAAGGUCGGCCGCGCCUGAACUCGCUCACCUUGCACAACUGCUCGAUUGGUGAGAAUUUGGUCAGUGUUCUCCUCCGCUCCGACCUCCUCCGGCACACCUCCUAUAUCGAUCUGUCUCACAACAACUUUGGCAUCGCCGGAUCCAUGAACCUCCUUGCCCGGCAGCUGGCCACGGGCCAGCUGCAAGCCCGGAUCCUUGACAUUUCUGGCAAUCACCUGAACCAUCGCGAAGCGGCAAUUUUGUUUGGCGCCCUCCAUGCCAACACAUCUUUGCUGGCUUUACGCAUGCGAAACAUGAAGACACCCAAUGUCGAUGUGCGCGUGCCGCUGGCGGAUUUGUUCAUGAGCGCAUCUCGCCUGGCGGAAUUGGAUAUGAAGGGAACGCCGCUCUUGAACGAGGACCGGCAUGCACGCGUCGCCGGCUUCUGGGCCAAGGCCAAACAGGGACUGCCGAACUUCAGCCAGCUGCGGUUGGGGCACAUCCCGACAAAUCGGAUCUUCGAGACAACCGGAGUAUUUGUCCCGACCUCCUCGAAACCGAUUCAGCCGAAUCUGGAAUCCAUUCGAAACCUCCGGCAGGCGGCCUGCGUGCCCUGUCACACGGUCGAACGGUCGCCCUUCCGCAACUUGCAAAUGCAACUGUCUCCCUACAUGCGGGAGCGCAUGGCCCUGCAUCCGGACAUCGAUGCUCGAUUCAAUGUGACGGCUCUUCAUACGCAAUCCGGCCCAUUGCCGGCUCGACUGGCUGGCGGCCGGAUGUCCACACUGCUUACCGCGGCCCAGCGAUACUUCGGCCCUCAUACGCAUGCUGAAUCAUUCGCAGAAACUUCCACGUGCCGGUGGGAGCAAAACUUGAGGAACUUCGCCCAGCGCCGGCCCGAACUGACAGACCCUCGGCCAACGGCUCACCUGCCGACCCUCAAGCCACUGGCGGCCAUGCUUCGUGCCGGUCGAGCAUCCUCGGCUAUCCCCAGGCAGCGAGAGCACCCGGACCUGCCACCUAUUUUCAUGGAAUCCUGCCCUGAUGCUUCGCGCCCCCUGCUGGCAGCAUUGCAGCUUCCGGCCUCCGCACUAUCGCAUAUCCCCAAUGCCCGGAUCAGUAGCUGCCACUUGGGCCGAGUGCUGGUGGGUCAUGUGGUUGUGUCGUACAUGUCAAUCGCCGAGCUGGUGAGUCUGCCGCUGCAGGCGCUCUUCGCCCAGUGUAUGGACACGCUGGCGGCCUUGUCGCGACUGGAGACCCCGGUAUCGGACCACAUGAUGGCCCUGGUUCGUGCAUUUGACCCGACGGCCAGCCUGACCGCCCUGGAGCUGGAUCCUACCAUUCGGCUGGCCGUCUUUUCGGCGUGCUUCCGGUUGUUUGUUUCGCUGCCUGCCAUCUGCCAUGCGGAGGAGAUCCUCUCGCUGGAGAGCACCUCGGAGGGAUUGGCCACGCUGGCUGCGUCGGUCAGCAGUCGGACCUAUGGUUUGGCCCAGGCAGAAGAGAGGGCCUCUUCGACGGCUGGGCCAUCGACGACCGUGGCCCCCAUCCCACGAAGGGCAUUCGCCGAAAUCCGCCGAGCGGCCCUGGCUAGAGCUCGUCUGCGGCGCCGGGAUGAGGGGCCGCAGUGGAGUGUCAGCGCCAUGCAGAUGACCGACAAUGGGUCCUGGUCCAGGCACCUGCGACAGCAAUUGACCCAGGCCCGGACCACGGUCGAGCUACUGGGGCAGUACAUAGGCCGGGACCCGGUCGAGGUGGCAGCCCUGGCGGCCCGCCAAACCGCGGCCUGGACCUCCCGCGAGGUGGCCGUAUGGCUGGCGAAGCUACGGCCGAGCCGCCAGUCCUGGAGGCCUCACUCCUCGCAGGGGCUGAUGCAUCAGCUCCUCUGCCCGGCGCCCGAGUGGGCCGACCGCCCGCGAGGCUACCUGAAUGCCGAGCCGAUCAUGGCCGAUGCCCAUCAGUGGGAUUCGCCACUGGACGGCUUGGGCUUGAUGGGCCUGGCUCGCCUGCUUGUGACCCCGGUCCGGAGCCGCGAUCAGGCCGAGGAUCAUGGCCCGUCGACCGAGUUGGCGUAUCCAUGGACCCCGGAGGCCCAGGCCAGGAGCAAUCUCACGGAACAUCGGGAGCCCUGGCAGCAGCAUGGCCGGUCGAUGGCAAUGGGCGUCAUGUCGAGCGACCCGCGGCCGCCCUGCCUGACGGUGACCGAUGAGCAGAUCGACCAGCAUAUUCAGCAGCUGCUCAAUACGCUGCCCGCCGAGCGGACCGUCCUGCGCCAGCAUCUGGGGGACUUGCUCCAAGCCGCCACCCAAACCCAAGGAGCAGGGGCCUGGCUUCCUCUGCCGGAAAAUGGGCUUGCUUGGUACAUGAACAUGCCGAUCACCAAGGACAUGAGUAUGCAGGCCGCCACCGCGGGGCUGCUCGGUGGCCUGCGCGCUUCCGAUGCGUCCGGUGCCUGGACGUCGGCCGAGGAGGAUAUGUCCGUAGGUGGUUGGGGCAGCGGCGCCGGCAUGGAACCCUGGGUGUCCUCGCGCCAGCGCCUGGCCGGCGCCCCCUUUGCCUUCCACGAGUGGCGCCUCUCCACGCCGAAGGAGCAGGAAGACCCCGCCACGCGGCAGCCGCCACUGGCGACCCUCACUCCGGCAUCCUUCCCCACCUCGGGCCUCUUGCUGGAGGACCUGAUGUAG